AGCCAUGUUGCCGCGAGCUUGUUCCGGUAUGACCGCUUAGACCGCAUUCGGACGCAGCUCGUCUUUCCCAGCCCCAAACCCUGGAAGUCGCUGUCCCAUCGAUCAUGGAUCGUACAACCUGAUUCCGAACCUCCGGGCGGCCAAGCUACCGGUGGAUUGUCAUCGUCAUCGGGUACGAGGAUCUUGCUUGGGUUUAUAUCGGCCAUACCGCAGUGCAGUGCAAUUUUGAUGAACGACCUUAUUUUUCUUAUGAAAGCCAGAGACGACAGGACGCCGCUGGCUUUCGCGGAUUUCGGACUUUGGUGGCUCGCUUGUGUGGUACCAGCCUCCUCUUCCUCCUCCUCCUCCUCUUCCUCCUCCUCCGCCGCUUGUGGCCGCUGAAGCGCUAGCGUAGCGGCGAGCGAACUAGCCCAGUUAGCUCCGCCUUGAAGGAAAGUCGGGCUAGCUCGAUGGGCUAAAAAAAAAAAAAAAAAAGAAAGAAGGGAAAACAGAAAGCAGACGAAAACCAAACCCUCAACUGGGCCAUGUUAGCGUUUCACACGCUGGAGUUUUUCUUCUUUGGAUACUCCACUCUGGAAAUCUCACCGGGGACGAUUGUUUCGUGUGAGUUGGCAAGGUCGGGACGGGGACCUCGCCGGGAAUAACUUUGGCCUGGAAGUUUUUUUUCUUUCUUUCAACCAUUAUUUUUUUCCCCCCCUGAACACCUCUGACGGAACUAUUUUACGAAAAACAAAACGAUAAAAACACAAGACCCGUUGAUAAAUAUUUUUUAUACGGAAACACAACGGCCGUUUGUCGUCUCUUCGUUCGGCGGCGUACUGGCUUUAGCAUGCUAGCCACCUAGUUGGACCUUCUUUUGAAAACAGCCCCAUCAGCCAGCUUUUUAUUGCUUCGUCGCCAGUGACUCUUUUGAAGAGUAACAUUAAACACGACCUCAUCAUAGUGGCAUUGUUUAUUUUUGGUGCCCCCAAAACAUGGGACGUGCAGUUGAGCUAGCGAGCUAACUGCUAGCCGCCGAUGUGGGAUCCAACUUGUUGAUUCACGGGCUAUCUGACGUGUUGCUAGCGGGCUAGCACUGGGGCUCUUUUUUUACUUCGUCCCCACACCGAGCUUAAAUGUACUGAAGAGUCGCUUUUGGGUCACUGCGCCUCUGCGCCUUUUUGCAGCAACAUCAUCAACCCACUUCAAGUCAAGCCAAAAUGUCAACAAGGACCCCACUCGUGCAAGUCAUUGAAAAUUCUGGGCAGGACUCCAAGUCGUCGUCCGGUCGCUCCAGCAUGUCGCGAUGUCGGAACUCCGUCGCCACCACCACGUCGGACGAGCAGCCGCACAUCGGCAACUACCGUUUGCUGAAAACCAUCGGCAAGGGCAACUUCGCCAAAGUCAAACUGGCCCGCCACGUCCUCACCGGAAAGGAGGUGGCUGUUAAAAUCAUUGAUAAGACUCAACUGAACUCCUCCAGUUUGCAAAAGCUCUUCCGGGAGGUGAGGAUCAUGAAGAUGUUGAACCACCCCAACAUAGUUAAGCUCUUCGAGGUGAUCGAGACCGAAAAGACUUUGUACUUGGUCAUGGAGUACGCCAGUGGAGGAGAGGUGUUUGAUUACCUGGUGGCCCACGGCAGGAUGAAGGAGAAAGAAGCCCGUGCCAAAUUCCGACAGAUUGUGUCAGCAGUGCAGUAUUGCCAUCAGAAGUGUAUAGUACACAGAGACCUCAAGGCAGAGAACCUGCUCCUGGACGCCGACAUGAACAUCAAGAUUGCCGACUUUGGCUUUAGCAACGAGUUCACACUGGGGAACAAGCUGGACACCUUCUGCGGCUCCCCGCCGUACGCCGCGCCGGAGCUGUUCCAGGGCAAGAAGUACGACGGGCCCGAGGUGGACGUAUGGAGCCUGGGGGUCAUCCUCUACACGCUCGUCAGCGGCUCCCUGCCUUUCGACGGGCAGAAUCUCAAGGAACUGAGAGAGCGAGUUCUGCGCGGUAAAUACAGGAUUCCCUUCUACAUGUCCACCGACUGCGAGAACUUGCUGAAAAAGUUCCUCAUUCUCAACCCCUCCAAAAGAGGCAGCCUUGAGCAGCAGAUCAUGAGGGACCGAUGGAUGAAUGUGGGACACGAGGAGGAGGAACUCAAACCCUACAUCGAACCCCAACCAGAUUACAAGGACCCCAGGAGGACAGACAUUAUGCUGCAGAUGGGCUUCUCUCAGGAGGAGAUCCAGGACUCGGUGGUGAAUCAGAAGUACAACGACGUGAUGGCUACCUACCUGCUAUUGGAUUAUAGGAACUCCGAGCUGGAUGAGGGCGGUAUCAAGCCCCGGCCCGGAAGUGAUGUAAGCAACAUAAAUGCCCCCUCCCCGCCACACAAGGUACAGCGCAGCGUAUCGUCCAACCAGAAGGCUCAAAACCGCAGAGCUACUGACCAGGGCUCAUCGCACUCCAAGAGAGGGGGGCAAGCGGACAACCGGACCGCCGGAGAGGAUUCAGGCAGGAAAAGCUCAUCCGGCAGCUCCACCAACAAGGUGCCGGCCAGCCCGCUGGUUCCCUCGGACCGCAAGAAGAGCGCCACGCCCUCCACCAAUAGCAUCCUGUCGACUGGCACGGGUCGCAGUCGGAAUUCUCCUCUGUCCGAGAGAGCCACGCUGGGCCAGGGCAUCCAGAACGGCAAGGACAGCCUAAACACUCCGGGUUCCCGCGCCUCCACUGCCUCAGCCGCCGCCGUCCUCUCCUCCUCAUCCUCACGUCCUCACCACCGCAAGUCCUUGUCCUCCUCCAAUCAUCCAUACCCCACUGACCUGCAUGCACCGCGGCCCAGCGGCCCACCUCAGCGGGCGCCCGGCGCCUCCCCGUCGGCCCACAACAUCAGCAGCGCCGCAGUGACGGACCGCACCAACUUCUCCCGGGGGGUGGGCAUCCGCAGCACGUUCCACGCCGGCCAGCAGCGGGGGGCCCGGGACCAGCAGGGCUCGGCCUACCCCGGCGGGCCCGCCUCGCCGUCGCUAUCGCACGGCAACAGCCAGGCCCGCAGGACGCACGGCGCCACCGGCAUUUUCAGCAAGUUCACCUCAAAGUUUGUGCGCAGAAAUCUCUCGUUCAGGUUUCCAAGAAGGAGUCCGUAUGAGGGAGAGGGUCGGGAAGAGGGGAGCAGGUCCAUGCUGAGCAGCAACGUGGACAAGUCCGAGAAGACGUCCGGCGGCGUUCUCUCCUCCUCGUCCAACAAUGACGAGAAUAAUUCCUCACCGGGAUCUGGUAACACUGGCGGCACGGGCACGCCUCCCGCCAUCGCCGGUCAGAAGGACUCGGCCAAGCCGCGCUCGCUGCGCUUCACCUGGUCCAUGAAGACCACGUCGUCCAUGGAGCCCACGGAGAUGAUGCGCGAGAUCCGCAAGGUGCUCGACUCCAACAGCUGCGCAUACGAGCUGCGCGAGCGCUACAUGCUGCUGUGCAUGUCGGGCAACCCGGCGCGCGACGACUUUGUCCAGUGGGAGAUGGAAGUGUGCAAGCUGCCGCGGCUCUCCCUCAACGGCGUGCGCUUCAAGCGCAUCUCGGGCACAUCCAUCGCCUUCAAGAACAUUGCGUCCAAGAUCGCCAACGAGCUCAAACUGUGAGCGGACGGGACGGACGCCGCGUGGAUGGAUGGAUGGAUGGAUGGAUGAGUGAAUGGAUGGAUGGAGGUCUUGAGUGGGGUGGGGGUCCAUUUUGAGUAACACCAGUGGUUUGAAGCAGGGAUAGUUCUCUUUCUUUCUCCAGAUUUUGAUUCCAAGGCAUUUUCUUUCCGUCACCACUCCACUGCAUGUCGAAUCCUCACCUCGGCGCUCUUACCACUUUCUUGCUAUUUAUUCUCAGCACAAUCCUUUAGUUUUUUUUUUGGGGGGUUUUUUUCCCCCAAACACUUUGGGGCGGGACAUUCUCUUUGAAGGAUCGGCUGAAACUAUGUGAUGAAAUGCGGAGCCUUAUUUUGCUGGAGUUUGCCGAUUCUCUUGCAAAACGGAUGAGCGGACCGAGCCAGGGCUCUCUUGUGCGUGCAGAGACACACAUAUGCACACACACACACAUCGCAUACACAAAUGCUUUUGCCUUCUUCACCGCCUGCUCAAACUAGACCUUCCACCCCCACCUCUUGAUUUGUGUCAGGUCAGAUCAGGCCAGUUGGACUUGAAGUUAAUGCCCGAAACAAAAUGUGUUUUCAACUUCUCUUAUUUUAUUUUUAUUUUUUAUUUUUCCUCAACACAGUAGUGCACUGGAAAAGGGGGGUGACUGUCUAACACACCUGCCCCCCCCCCCCGCCCCCCCUCCCCUCCUUACACACUCAACCUCCUCAUUUGACUGGUCCCAGAGAGCGAAACACACAAGUGUCAGAACGGUCACCGAAUUACUCUCAUGUGCUUUGGAUUCGACAAUACGGUUUUGGUGUCGUUCUAAUGAUUUGGGAUUUGUAAAAUGUGUGUGGUUUUUCUUGUUUUCCUUUCGAUGGGGUCAUGUCAGGUGAUAUCAUUGCUGCCUUCGUUCGGUGUCGUGCACCUUUUUGACACACUUGUCAGAAAAGUUCAUCAGCAAACCUCCAAAUUGAGGACUUCUUAUUAGUGACGCUGAUGACUCCUGCCUGUACGGUUUUAUUUUUUUUUAACCCCCCCCCCUCCCCUCCCCUACAACCACAGCACAUUUCAUGUUCGAAAGUCCCAACUUUAAUAUCUUUCUUUAUGCUCGUCCAGCUUGAUGAAGCAGCACACACACACACAUUGGGGGGGAGGGGGGGGUCGAAAUGAGACAAGGGUCGGUCACUUCAUUCUAAAAUGAUGACACACUGUUGUUUAUUUUAUUUCUAUUUUUGAGUUUUUAAAGUCAGUUUUUCUUUCACACUUGAUCAUUGUAUUAAGGUGCUGGGUAUCGUAUUCUAAUGAUUAUUCUGGCUGUUGCUGUUAUAUUAUCACUUUCAGGGUUUUUUUUUUUUUGAUUUUAUCUCGCAUUAUUUUUGCUUUGUUUUAACGUUGCUGUAAUUUACGUU